AUGCAGGCUGUCCAGUACGAACAGCUUCCUGCUCCGGGGGGAUCGCCCACCUAUGCAGAUCAUCCUGCGCCGCAUGACUUCUCCCCUCUUAAGGCCCCAGCGCCGAAGAAUGUGGCCUUUGAGCUGCUUCUAGAUGAGAACAAGGCGCGGGCUCGCAUCCCCAUGCGGGUCCAGAUCUAUCCUCAUGAUACCACGGACUCCAUCGUGACAACAGUCAAGAACUUCUACGGGAUCUAUGAGGGCGGGAACGGGGUCAGCUUUGAAGAUGACCACGGAACCACCCUCAUUGCCCGGUAUGAGAACUUGCGGAAUAACAUGACCGUCUACGUGCGGGUCAUCCCCCUCCCCACGUAUGCGGAAGGCUACGGCGACCGCUACUACGGGCCGCUUCCUGUUGAUCCUUGUAAGCGCCCCAGUCUGGGUGAGCCGUUCCAAUUGGCACAGGCCAUGCCGUCGUCGCAGGCGCCGGGGAUUCCCCGAUCGCCCUCGCGUCCGGCGUCCCGGCUGGCUCGGAAGCGCAGUAUAUCGCCGUCCGGGAGAAGCCGUCGCAGCGUCUCCCAGCACAAGCCGCUGUCGCGGGCAGGGAACAAGAGCCGGGGCUCGAGUACCCACGGCAGCUUCCAUGAUGAUGCUGCAGGGUAUAGCGACAGCGAUGGCGGCUACGGGUCCGUCUCGGGCACCAAGAAGACCCGCAGCGAGCAGCUGGGGAGCUCCGACAUCAGCAUGGAGAACAUCCUCCAAGAUGGCCGCCGAAAGCGGCCCAAGUUUGAUAGCUCGGAAUUGCCCUUGUUUGCCCCCCCUCAGGUCCCCCUCACCACCUCCACGUCGUCGAUCUCCCCUCAGCGCCGAUCCAUUGGGCAGGAAGGGGCCAUCUCCCCGUUCGCUCGUCCCACGCAACGUCCCUACACAUACCAGCACGCACUGCCGUCCCCGCAGAGCUACGGCCAGAGCGAGCAGGCAUAUCGCAUGAACCCCGCCCCGAGUUCGGUGUAUGCCACGCCAAUGGUCCCCGACCAGGGUCAUGGCCUGCGGGACCGGACGGUCACCCAGUCGUCUGGGCAGUUCAGCAACCCCGCCGGGCCUACGGGCGCCCCGGGGAUCCUGCCGACCCCGGACCCGACUAUUGCCAGCUGCAUCUCCGAUGAAGAUGUGGCGAUGCAGCUGAUCCGCCUGGGCGACGCCUCCAACUUCUCCCAUGGGCGCACGUCCGCGUCGACGCUGGACGAUGCGUUCAGUGGCGCCGCCGACGCCGCCUCGUCCACUGGUGCGACGAGCGAGGGGGAGGACUUUAGUGACGACGAUGACGACCUGCCCGCCCGCGGUCGGCAGAAAUUGGAGUCCAGCCCCAUGCUCCCCCCGGGUGCGACCAAGCAUACCCACAAGCGGCUGGAUGAUAUCCUUCCGAGCUAUGACAGCUCCGAUGGCAGCUGUGAUGGGAUGGAUGACGAGUACCACUACCAUCACGACGAGGAUCUGAUCCGCGACGGUUCGAUCAAGAACGAGAUCGAUAACGACUCCGUCUAUCGGGAGACCGCACCCAAGUCCAAGAAGACCAAGAUUCGGACCACCAACGGCAUCCCCUCCUCCAAAGCGCGCCCCAAGCCCGGCGCUCCCCGACAGAUCAAGAGCGGUAGCAAAGGCACCGGCUCGGCAGGUCCCCGCAAGGUGAAGCCGAUGUCCACGACGGCGACCCACAAGCCGGCCAUGUCGCCGCCGCUGGUCAGUCCCGCGCCGACCCGCAAGGCGUCCACCUCGUCGGUCAACUUCCAGCCCCCGCUGGCGGCGGACGAGGAGGACCUGUCGACGAAGCCUCGCUGCCAGCGUUGCCGGAAGAGUAAGAAGGGGUGCGAUCGCCAACGUCCGUGUGGGCGGUGCAAGGACGCCGGCAUCGGCGUGGAGGGCUGCAUCAGCGAGGACGAGGGGAAUGGUCGCAAGGGCCGCUACGGUCGCCACAUGGGCGUGCCCGUCAAGAAAUCAAUUGACGAUUACCCAUUCGCCGGGAGCGACCUCUCCCCCACGCUGAUGGCCGCGGUGCCCCUCACAUCGGCGGUGAUCGAUAAGAAUAAGAAGCGCAAGCGUUAG